UCAAAAGGACAAGUCAUGAAAGCUAUGUAAGAUCUCCUUGUUCCGACAAUACACAAGACAAAGACGAAAGCCUCUUCAUGUUUCUAUAUAUAAAUCAAAGAACAAAGCACUUACCCUCAUUAACCAAGCCUUCACCAUUCUUUUCCCUCUUUUCAAAGUUCCCUCAUUCUUACAGAUCAUAUCAUACAUGCUAUAUAUAGUAAAAUGGGAAGAUCACCGUGUUGCGAUGAGCGUGGGUUAAAGAAAGGGCCAUGGACGCCAGAAGAAGAUCAGAAACUGAUAAAUUACAUACGAAAACACGGUCAUGGAAGCUGGAGAGCUCUUCCAAAGGAAGCCGGUUUAAACCGGUGUGGGAAGAGUUGCAGAUUGAGAUGGACUAACUACUUGAGACCAGACAUCAAGAGAGGAAACUUCACUGCUGAGGAAGACCAAACCAUCAUCAACCUUCAUUCUCUUCUUGGAAACAAGUGGUCGUCCAUAGCUGGACAUCUUCCCGGAAGAACUGAUAACGAAAUAAAAAAUUAUUGGAACACGCAUAUUAGAAAGAAACUUCUUCAGAUGGGGAUCGAUCCGGUGACUCACAGGCCGAGAACCGAUCUAAACGUUCUAGCCGCUUUACCGCAACUUCUAGCUGCUGCAAAUUUCAAUAAUCUCUUGACUCUAAAUCAAAAUAUACAUUUGGAUGCAACAAGUGUUGCAAAGGCCCAUUUGUUACAUAGUAUGAUUCAAGUCCUCAACAACAACAAUACCUCUUCUUCUUCCUUUGACAUUCAUGGCACCAACAACAACAUCUUUGACCAAUCUUCUAUCUUAGAGAACCGACCAAAUAUAAGUGAAAAUCUCUAUGAUCCGAUCCAGAACCUCCCUCACAAUGAUCACCAGCCUCUAGAUUCGUUCUUUAGCCCGAUUGGAGUAUUUUCUCAUCAAGAUGAUCAAGAUAUGAUUCCUCCACUGAUUUCGGCCUCUUCUGAUGAGUCUAAGCAACCCCAAAUGAUGAUCAAGAACAAGGAGGUUUUAAAGCAUAGUGAUCAUACUUCAAACCCUUCAUCGACAUCAACGUUCACACAAGACCAUCAGCCAUGGUGUGACAUAAUUGAUGAUGAAGCAAGCGAUUCUUACUGGAAAGAAAUCAUAGAGCAAACUUGUUCGGAGCCUUGGCCAUUCCUUGGAUAGAGACGAAAGAGACACACUAUCAUUAUUUUCUGUGGAUAUAUAUAUAUAUUGUUAUUUGUUAAUUAACUUUCACACAUGUCUUAAAUUUUCUUUCUUAUUUUUCGACCAUGUAUACAAAACAUUGAUACUGUACAGAACUGAUUAUUAUACGUUUGUAUUUUUUUCUGUAAUUGUUUUUGGGAAAUAUGUACUGAUUAAUUAGUACUAAUAAUCCAUGUAUACGAGCUA